AUGUCGAACUCCAACCCCCAUGUCCUCAUUGUCGGCGCCGGACUCAGCGGCCUGACACUUGCUCAGAUACUGCGCAAGAACAACAUCUCUUUCUCGAUCUUUGAGCGUGACAGCAGAUCUGACGCCAGAGCGCAAGGUUGGGCCAUUGCACUUCAUGGUCCCAUGCUGGCCGAAGUCUCUGCCUCGAUGCCUGCGGAUCUCGGACCCAUAGAGCAAACCAACCACCUGAGCCCUCUGGACCACAUCCCAGCCCAAUUUGUCUUCUACGAUGUCAGCAAGCCCGACUGGAGAGUUGGCGUCACAGACGAUGAGACCGGCAAAAUUGUCCGCGCGAACCGCCAGCGCCUGCGGGACUGGCUCCUCCAGCACCUGCACGUACAGUUCAACAAGCGCUUGGUGCGCGUAGAGGAACAAGACGACAAAGUUGUGGCGCACUUUGAGGAUGGCAGCUCCGAGACUGGCGACAUCCUCGUCGGGGCAGAGGGAAGCCGGAGCUUGGUGCGCAGACACAUUUUGGGCGGACAAGAGAUCAUGAAGCCGCUGCCUGUCGGGUCCUUGGUUGGUGAGAUCGAGUUGACUGGCGAUGAGCUCAAGCACCAGAUCGAGCUGGGCCACUCGGCUUACAUUGUCUUGGAUUCGACGCCGCAGAAUGAGGGACCGAGCCAGGUCAGCCUGUUCGCCGCCUUGAACAAAAUCAGCCCGGACAAGAAGACCGGGUAUUUCUACUUCAUUCUCCACUGGAUCGACGAGGAAGCAGCGAAGAGCACCGGGGACAAGCCGUUCUGGACUGUUACGGCGUCGCGGGAGGAGCUCAUGGCUUUUGCGAAGAGGUGCACCAAGCAGUAUCCCGACAAUUUGCGCGUACUUGUCGACAAGGUACCGGUCGAGAGAUACAGACAGCCCGGCAUUGUGCUGCAGAGCGUGGAGUUGACUGCUGAUCAGCUCCCCGCCGGGAGAAUCACUCUAGCUGGAGACGCCGCGCAUUCGAUGACACCAUUCCGAGGAGAGGCUGGCGUAUGCGCAAUCACGGAUGGCUUGAGACUGGGUUGCGCCAUUACCAGCAUCCGGGACGCUGGAGGAAAGAGUGAGGAUGUGGUCAAAUUCACCGCGGAGUAUCGCGACGAUAUGAUCACGAGGGGUGCUAAAGCCAUUCGCGUGUCUAACCCAGUGCUAGAAGACCAUGCAAAGGACGCCAAGUAUGAGUUCUAUACGUGUGGUAAGAAGGUGUUGCCUCUCGCUAAGGAAAGUGUUACGAUCUAA